GCCACUAGCCUGCGCCGCAGAGCCCCGGAGCCGCCAUGGUGGGGGGACCGUGUUGGGGGGGGACCGUGUUGGCCGUGUCGCUGGCGCCCGGGUGUCGGGCUAGGCCGGGAGCGGAGUUCGCAGCGUCGGGGCCGGUGCAGGGGGCGGCACAGACCGGCGGUGCGGGAGAGGAUGGCGGAUGCGGGAGGCUGCCGGGCGGAACCUCCACACCGGCGGCUCCCGUUGCGCACCGGAGCAGUCCGUCGGCUUCCGGUCCGCCGGCCCCUGUUUCCCAGCCGCCUCUGGGGUGUGCUCUUCUCUUCCGGACUGGCGGCGGCGGUGGUGCAGCUAUGGCCAAAUCCAAGAAUCACACCACGCACAACCAGUCCCGUAAGUGGCACAGAAAUGGCAUCAAGAAACCCAGAUCCCAUAGAUACGAAUCUCUCAAAGGGGUUGAUCCCAAGUUCCUGAGGAACAUGAGAUUUGCAAAGAAACACAACAAAAAGGGGCUAAAGAAGAUGCAGGCCAACAAUGCCAAGCAGGCUGCUCAGCAGAAAAAGGACUGAUGUGUUUUAAGACAAAAGAACCAGUUUUCCUAUUGGCAUGCAUGUUAACAGCAUUUUUGUAAAAAUAAAAUUGGACAUAACAAAGCCUUCACCUGCUGAAUUUGAGGAGAACCCUCCAAAAGUCUUGUUUGAGUUGUAUUUUAGAAGCCAGUUGUGCAUCAAGCCUGUUUGUAGUGACCAGCAUGUGUUUUUGUUCCCUGGCAGAUGAAGCCAGCUGGAGCUCUGGAGAGGUUUUGUGUUAGUACUGUCAGCCUCCGCACGCACGAAGUAAAACAGCUGCUCCCUCCUCA